UGCCUGAUGUAAAGCUCUAUAUAUGAAGAUGCUUAGCGUGGGUCCUUCUCAGAAGACAGGGACAUCGGCUGGAGAGCUUCACACUCCUGAGCGUGGUCAGUUACCAGGACCGAAGAUGUCUCCGUUCUGGGCUCUCUUCCUCCUCUGCAGCCUGCUGACCCCUUCACAAGGAUUUAGAAUCAUGCCCUUGGUUUCCCAGGUGGAUGUAGAUGAUAUUAAAGAUUCCCUGGCCAAACGUGACCUCCGGAAACCUAAAGGUGGUCUCCUUGGUGGCAACCUGCUUGGUGGUCUCCUUGGAAAAGACGGUGCUCUUGGCAAAGUCCUUGGCAAAGAUGGUGCUGUUGGUGGUCUCCUUGGAAGGAAAGGUCUCCUUGGAGGCGGUGGUGCCCUUGGUGGCGUCCUUGGGCAAGAUGGUCUUCUUGGAGGAGAUGGUCUCCUUGGUGGUGUCCUUGGACAAGAUGGUCUCCUAGGAGGAGAUGGUCUCCUUGGUGGUGUCCUUGGACAAGAUGGUCUCCUAGGAGGAGAUGGUCUCCUUGGUGGUGUCCUUGGACAAGAGGGUCUCCUUGGAGGAGAUGGUCUCCUUGGUGGUGUCCUUGGACAAGAUGGUCUCCUAGGAGGAGAUGGUCUCCUUGGUGGUGUCCUUGGACAGGAUGGUCUUCUUGGAGGAGAUGGUCUCCUUGGUGGUGUCCUUGGACAAGAGGGUCUCCUUGGAGGAGAUGGUCUCCUUGGUGGUGUCCUUGGACAAGAUGGUCUCCUAGGAGGAGAUGGUCUCCUUGGUGGUGUCCUUGGGCAAGAUGGUCUUCUUGGUGGUGUCCUUGGGCAAGAUGGUCUUCUUGGAGGAGGUGGUGUCCUCGGUGGUGUCCUUGGACAAGACGGUCUUCUUGGAGGAGAUGGUCUCCUUGGUGGUCUCCUUGGAGGAGAUGGUCUCCUUGGUGGUGUCCUUGGAGGAGAUGGUGUCCUUGGAGGUCUCCUUGAUAAAGAUGGUGUCCUCGGAGGUCUCCUUGGCAAAGAUGGUGUUCUUGAUGGUCUCCUUGGCAAAGAUGGUCUUGUUGAUGGUCUCCUUGAUGCUGUCCUUGAUAUUCUCAUUGGCAAAGGUGGUCUCCUUGGCAAAAAUGGUCUCGUUGGCAGCCUUCUUGGUAGAAAUGGUGAUGUUGGUGGAAACGGCGAACUCGCAGGGCUCCGGAUCCUGAACAACACCCUCCCCAGGAUAAGCCUGCGCUCGGUGCCAGGCUUUGGGCACCAGGUGGACUUCAACACCCAGCUGCUGGUAGACGGCUCCAGCACCCCGGGCUUGCCACGCUGCCUGCAGGUGGAAGCAGAUGUGGGUGCACUGGUCCGGGACAAGUGGGCAGCUCCCCAGAGCACCCAGGAAUGCCAGACUGAGGACAUAAACAUCAGAGUGAGUCCCGAAGUGCCUCUCCUGGAUCAGGCUUUGAAAGGCUUCCUCAGUGAUGCCCUGCGGGAGAUGGGAUGCAGCAUCGUCAACAUGAGGCUCAGUGUGGUGAGCUCCCUGCUCGGCUCCAGGAUCCCUGCCCUCCCGCUGGGGGCUCUGGGAGACCUGCCCAACUUUUCCGUCCUCGGUGGUGACACCAUCCAGCUGGAUCUAAACCUCCCUACUGGGGACACGGAGGGUGCUGUGGGGGCCCCCACCACGCAGGGACCCCCACUCACUGCCAACCUGCUGCUGGCCACCGGGCGCCCACCUCAGCUCAGCCUGUCCCAACGAGCCCUCAGUGUCCUGCUGGAGAUGGCCCAGGAGCAGGGAGCCUUCAGCCGCAGCAUCACCAGCUCCAUGGUGCCCAGUAGCAUCCCGCUGUCCACGUCUGCCCUUCUCCCAUUCAUCCCCCAGGUCACCAAGGUCCUCCCCAGCUCCCUGCCAUUGGAGCUGCAGGUGCGGGUGCCCAAGGAGCCGGUGGUGGUUGUGAAGGAUGGGAAAGCCACAGCCACCCUCAAAGCCUCCAUCGACAUCCUCAGCCCUGCCCUGCCGUCAGCCCAGAAGCUGCUCUUCUCCCUGGAUGCGGACAUCAUUCUGAGCAUCACCCCAUCAGUCUCUGACGGCAGACUCCAAACCUCCCUGGCCCUGGACAGCAUCAACCUGACACGGACACCCCUGAGUCUCGACCCUCUCAAUUUUCACUGA